AUGUCUUCGGAUGUACUCAAUCGACGUAAAAGAGUUGUCAAUAGGAAUGGCGACUCAAAUGAGGAUAACUUGACGUCUCAAGAAGUGUCGCCCGAAAGCACACAAAACCAAAGUAUUACGAAGCGAGUGAUGAGUCUAAUGGCACUCUCGAUGGUUAUCUUUGCGAUGGUUUACUACUACACGACUCAAACCAAUGAUACCAAUGAACUAGUGAUGGCUACCGUCACUCAAUCCAUAAUGGGUUCGCCGAUCGGACAACAAGUCACGUGUUCUCAAGACUAUACCGAAGACAGAGUUCGGUUCCCAUCUUGCGGUCCUCAACGAUGCGGACGUUUUGUGUCCGAUUCGGUGAUCACUCAAUCGGAUGCCAAACACUUGUUAUCAGUGGCGAAGAGAGGCCUAUCAUUAGGCGGCCGUUCGGGCGGCGAGGAUAUCCUCAGCUUACAUACGGGCGUCCUAUUUCAACAAAAUGAAGAGGUGUUCACCGGAAAAGACUUAGAAGUCUACAGACGGGUGACGAACAAAGUCCGCAAAACGAUUGCAUACCAUUUUGGCGUCCCUUUCGGUCGGCUCUACUUAACUAACCCGACGUUCUUCGCGAGAAAGACACCAAAGAGAGCCCAAACCAAAGACGACAAGUAUUGGGUCCGACACGUCGAUAGACACACUGCUAAGUGCUAUUCGUUCACAUCAUUGCUGUAUUUGUCGACAUAUGGCGCGGACUUCACGGGCGGACGCUUUAUAUUCACGGACCAGAUGUCGAACCAUACAAUUGAGCCUAAGUUGGGACGACUGGCGGCGUUCACGUCGGGCGCAGAGAACGAGCACUUCGUCGAGAGGUUCACCUCUGGGCACCGGUACUCUCUGCUUAUGGCGUUCACCUGUAACCCUAAGUGCGCCACCAAAACCCUGCAGAUUUUAAUAAACUAA